GUCUUUCAUCUCGCUUCAUUCAUUCGUUCGUUCGAAGGCUUCAGAGGCUUCAGGGUUGGGAGAGCUCUUCUGGGUUUUGGCUCUUUUCCACUCAAGAGCUGCAAGAAAGGGAGGUCGCAGAGGAGAUAGAGAGAGAGAGAGAAGGUGAAUGAAGGCUGAGUUGAACUUACCAGCUGGGUUCAGGUUCCACCCAACUGACGACGAGCUGGUGAACCACUACCUUCUCCCGAAAUGCGCUUCUCAGGCCAUCGGCGUCCCCAUCAUCGCCGAGAUUGAUCUCUACAAGUUCGAUCCAUGGCAGCUCCCAGACAUGGCUUUGUAUGGUGAAAAGGAGUGGUACUUCUUUUCUCCGAGGGACCGGAAAUAUCCUAACGGUUCACGGCCCAACAGGGCUGCUGGAACCGGGUACUGGAAAGCUACCGGAGCUGACAAGCCGAUCGGACGGCCCAAGCCGCUCGGCAUCAAGAAGGCAUUGGUGUUUUAUGCUGGAAAAGCUCCUAAGGGAGUGAAAACCAAUUGGAUCAUGCAUGAGUACCGUCUGGCAAAUGUUGACCGAUCAGCCAGCAAGAAGAACAAGAACUUGAGGCUUGAUGAUUGGGUCUUAUGUCGAAUAUACAACAAGAAAGGUCAGAUAGAGAAACACUACGUGUCGGACCAAAAGCCUGUGCCGUUCCCAGAAAUGGAAGAUAAGAAGCCAGAGCCGUGGAUGCUCAACCAGAGUGCAUGCUCGCCACUGUCACAACUCGUGCAGUCACCAAUGACCAACGAUCUUCUACACAUGGACACCUCGGAGUCAGUUCCAAGGUUGCACACAGAGUCGAGCUGCUCAGAGCAUACUUUGUCACCUGAUUUCAUGUACGAGAAGGAGGUCCAGAGCAGUCCUAGAUGGAAUGAGCUCGACAAGUCGUUCGAGUUCAUCAAUAGCUACUUCUUAGACGAACCCUUUGCAGCUCAAGUGCAGUAUCAGCCAGUUCAGGUCUCGCCAUUGCAGGACAUGUUCAUGAAACCAUUCUGAUCCAAAACCCAAAACAAAAAAAAAGGAUAGAAGGAAGGCCAGAAAUAUAUUAGGUUCUUGGAUGCAUCUCGCCCCAUUCUUGUUAGGCUAGUAUUAGAUUCUUGUUAGGUCAGCAGUCGAAACUUGUUAUCAUUACAGUCUUCAAAUUCAAUGGGUUGGGUUGGCUAUGAUGGAUGUGCUGGACUUCGAACAAAAGAUGGUAACUAUUCAAGAGGCACGGAUGGGUGUCGUUGCAGCAGCCUUGAUUCGUUGAACUUUGCUCAAUCCCGUGGCCGAUGUUCCAUCGGGUUGUUGGCUCGUCGUGGAGGCCUAGGAUCAUGUUUGAUCUAGUUCAUGUAGAGAACAUUCUUCUAUAUGUCCUAGGAUUGUAUUAAAUUCUUUCAUAUAUCUCCUAUUUUGGACUUGUUCCAGUUCAUUAUAGCUGUCAGAAAUCAGAAUGGUAUAAAGACUGUUCAUUUAUUAAGGGAUGGGGUUGGGGUUUGGCUUAGGUUUGGUGUAAUUAAUGUCCAUUGGCUUGGACAAAACUGAUGAUAUGUAUAUACAGAUGAUUCAACGGUGUAUCCCUUAUCAA